AUGAGCAGAGCGAAGCUGGUGUUUGAGAGAAAGCACGCUCUUCAGAGCCACAAGUUGGUGGAGGAAAAGACCACAGAUUCUACAUGCAUGGUGUUGAGCGUGAGUCUGGGAUUUGUGGACAUGAUGAACAGCGAGGGAAAGAAGGAGGAACAGAAGAAGUAUGCCCUGUUCAUUGGAGACACGGUUUUGAUCAACGAGGAGGAUCCAGCCAUCAUUCUAACGCCUGUCAAAAAGAAGAUCAAGAAUGUUGGAAUUUUCCUCAAGAAUGAUGAUGAGGAAGAUGAAGAGGAAGAAGAAAAUAAUGCUGAGGAACUACUGGGUAAAGGAGCACGUGCUGCCCUGUUGGCUGACAGGACCAGGAAUGAGAUGACGGCAGAAGAGAAGCGGCGAGCCCAUCAAAGGGAAUUGGCUAAUCAGAUGAACGAAGAGGCCAAGAGGCGUCUAACAGAACAGAAGGGCGAACAGCAGGUUCAAAAGGCCAGAAAGUCGAACGUGUCUUACAAGAACGUUUCCCAGAUGCCUCGCGAGAAGGAUAUUCGGGACAUGAAGCUUUAUAUCGACAAGAAGUACGAGACCGUCAUCAUGCCGGUGUUUGGCAUAGCAACACCCUUCCACAUCGCCACCAUUAAGAACAUCAGUAUGUCAGUCGAGGGAGACUACACCUACUUGAGAAUAAACUUCUUCGUGCCUGGCAGCUCUCUGGGGAGGCACGAGGGCAACAUCUUCCCCAACCCUGAGGCCACCUUUGUUAAAGAGAUCACGUACCGUGCCUCAAACCUGAAGUCUCCUGGUGACACGUCUGUGCCCUCCACCAACCUGCAAAAUGCCUUCCGUAUAAUCAAGGAGGUGCAGAAACGCUACAAGACGCGUGAGGCUGAAGAAAAGGAGAAAGAAGGCAUCGUCAAGCAGGACUCGCUAGUCAUCAACUUGAACCGCAGUAACCUUAAGCUCAAAGACCUUUACAUUCGGCCUAAUAUUGCGCAGAAGAGGAUGCAGGGCUCAUUAGAGGCACACACCAAUGGUUUCCGUUUCACAUCAGUGCGCGGUGAUAAAGUAGACAUCCUGUACAACAACAUAAAGCACGCCAUAUUCCAGCCAUGUGAUGGAGAGAUGAUCAUCGUAUUGCAUUUCCACCUCAAGAAUGCCAUCAUGUUUGGGAAGAAAUGCCACACAGAUGUACAAUUCUACACAGAGGUGGGAGAGAUCACUACAGACCUGGGCAAGCACCAACACAUGCACGACCGAGACGACCUGUAUGCUGAGCAGAUGGAGCGUGAAAUGAGACACAAGCUCAAAUCGGCCUUUAAGAACUUCAUUGAGAAAGUUGAGACGCUUACAAAGGAGGAGCUUGAGUUCGAAGUCCCUUUCCGAGAUCUGGGGUUCCAGGGUGCUCCUUACAGAAGUACUUGUCUCCUACAGCCAACGUCUAGUGCACUCUGCAAUGUGACGGAGUGGAUGAAGUGGGAACGGGUGGCACGGUGGUGUAGUGGUUAGCGCUGUCGCCUCACA